GAUACUCAGAGCAAAUGCUACCUCUUCAGACAGCAGGAUGAAGUGAACAGUCUGCGCGUUGUUCGCCGCUCUGGACGCGAUUGGUAUGUUCUGGGAGCGGGUUCGGGCAGCAGGGACCCCGCAGCAUCAUCGCCCGUGAGCCUGACAUGAAUGAUAAGUUAAAAAAACAGCUUCUUCAGGACCGAGCUGCGUCGGAAUUCACUGGGCUUUACUCAACGACAUCUUGGACAUUUCAUCUGGUUUUGUUUUGUUUUAUUUUAUUCUGCCCCAGUUUGUUUGUAAACGGGCGCAUCUGCAGUAGGGAGUGAUUAGGAGCGUUUUCGGAUUAUUUAGACUGAUAAUCCCAGUUUGAGUGCAGGAGUUGGUCUUUUUUCCCUUCUUUUGUGGGGACAAACUUCUACCAUGGCACUGGUUAUGGAGCCUGUGAGCAAGUGGAGCCCCAGCCAGGUGGUGGACUGGAUGAAAGGCCUGGACGACUGCCUGCAGCAGUACAUCAAAACGUUUGAGACGGAGAAAGUAGGGGGAGACCAGCUGCUACGCAUCACCCACCAGGAACUGGAGGAUCUGGGGGUGUCCAGGAUUGGCCACCAGGAGCUCAUACUGGAGGCUGUGGACCUACUCUGUGCACUGAAUUAUGGUCUGGAGACGGAGAAUCUGAAGACGCUGUCGCAUAAGCUCAACGCGUCCGCCAAGAACCUGCAGAACUUCAUCACAGGCCGCCGCCGCAGCGGCCACUACGACGGCCGCGCCACUCGAAAGCUGCCCAACGACUUCCUCACCUCUGUGGUGGAUCUCAUCGCUGCUGCCAAGAGCCUCCUUGCUUGGCUGGACAGGUCUCCUUUCGCUGCAGUGGCUGAUUACUCCGUGACCAGAAACAACGUGAUCCAGCUGUGUCUUGAGCUCACGACCAUUGUGCAGCAGGACUGUUCGGUGUACGAAACCGAAAACAAGAUCCUGAAUGUGUGUAAAACUCUGUCUGAAGUGUGCGAUCAGAUUAUCUCUCUGUCGUCGGAUCCUACGGUAUCCCAGUCUGCUCACUUGGAGGUCGUGACCCUGGCCAACAUAAAAUCCACUGAAGGUUUGGGCAUGUACAUCAAAUCAACAUAUGAUGGCCUGCAUGUAAUCACUGGGACCACGGAGGGAUCCGUGGCUGACCGCUGUAAGAAAAUCCACGCUGGAGAUGAAGUCAUCCAGGUCAAUCAUCAGACAGUGGUGGGCUGGCAGCUGAAGAACCUGGUGAACCUGUUGCGUGGCGACCCUGCAGGUGUCACCUUAACGUUGAAGAAACGCCCACAGAGCACACUCACAUCCACCCCUGCUCUGCUCAAAAACAUGAGGUGGAAACCAUUAGCUCUGCAGAGUCCCAGCAGCAGUGUCGCUACGCCAACCAGUACACUGAGCACUCCUUCCAGGAGGAGUAGCUGCGCCCUGCAGGAUCUCUACAUCCCCCCACCUCCAGCAGAGCCCUACACCCCCAGAGAUGACAAGAAAGAUCUGCCAGAUGAAGAUCAUCAAUCAGACAUCCAGGCUGCAGAAGGGUCUGAGUCACCAAACUCCUACCUGGACCAGGAAUGUCGGCGGCGGUUUCCCCUUGUGGAGGAGGAUUCUAUACUCUACUGCUACGAGUAUGACCAGAACCAGGAGGUGUCAUCAGUCCGCAGGGGGAGCACACCCACAUAUGGCAGACUCAGGCCCAUUUCAAUGCCAGUGGACUACAACUGGGUGGGAGACAACGAGGACCUGGCCAAGCUGACGAGGGAGAGCAGGAGAGAGAAUUCCCUGUUACGUUUUGCGAGUGAAGAUAAACCCUCCGGGGAGAACUUCCUGCUGAGCCGCAGCCUGAGUCAGAACAGGAGGAAGACGGAGCGAGGAAGCAGCCCCACCCAGUACACGCAUGUCCCUGCUCUCCAGAUGGAAGUUGCUCUGUCCACAUCCAGCUCUGACUCCGCAUCCUUGUAUCAUGUGUUUGAGCGCUCCUCGAUGCUGUCCAGGUCUAAGAAGAAGAAUAAAGCUGGAAGUCCUAUGUCCUCCAUCAGCAAACGGAGGAUAUCCUGCCGGGACCUGGGUCAGGGGGACUGUCAAGGCUGGCUGUGGAAAAAGAAGGAUGCUAAAACCUAUUUUUCACAAAAGUGGAAGAAGUACUGGUUCAUCCUGAAAGACACGUGUCUGUACUGGUACAUGAACGAAGAGGAUGAGAAGGCCGAGGGCUUUGUCAGCCUCCCAGAAUUCAAGAUCGAUCGUGCAACUGAAUGCAGAAGGAAAUAUGCGUUCAAGGCUUGCCAUCCCAAAAUAAAGACCUUCUACUUUGCUGCGGAAAAUGUAGACGACAUGUCCCGAUUACUGGAGUGAGAGUGAUCAUGAUGACAUGGAGAUACCUCCAGUCCCCAAACGGGACAGUCCACCACCUCCUUAUGACACCUAUCCUAGAGCAGCCUCGGUAAGUCCCUAUUUGGAGCCAAAACGUGGCCAUCUCUCCUCGUCCGACACGUUCCAGUCUCGUUCUUCUCAUGAGGAGUACCACUCAGAGCCUCAGGAAAGCAGCAGCAACCACAGCGUCUCUCCUGGGCAGAAGACGAGCAGCCACCGAAACUCGUGGCAGGACCAGAUGGAGAGCAGCACCAGGAUGCACUACCUCCAGACGUUCCCUGUGGAACAGUCCCUACAGUCUGAGGACAGAGAUCAGCUAGAGAUGGAGUACCGCAGGCAGUCCACUCUGCCCGCCCAGCGCAGCCUGCUGCAAGAACAGUACCGAGCCCUGCCUCUGCCCCUCAGGACGAGCAUCGAUUCAGAUGCAGGAGGGAAACCUCGCAGCUUCACGCUUCCCCGGGAUAGCGGGCUCCACGCUAUUCUGGCUGCUACGUCGGAUCAGAGGGAGCCUCAGCAUUACCACCUGGACCCGCCCAGAGACACAGCUCAUCGACGAGACUACAGACUGCAGACGGACUCGCUGGUGGAUUUGUACCGGGCUCUGGAGCAGACCAAUCUUUCAACCUCUGCUGACCACAGAUCAGCCAGCCGUCUCGAGUACAAACGUUCUUUUGUCCGCAGAGUUAACGACCCUCUUCUAAACGACAAACUUCACCGCUUGCGGAUUCUUCAAAGCUCUCUGAAGAAUGUUCCUCUUCAAGGCACAAACCGGUCGUUAGGUUUUUUAGGGUAGUCUGUUGAAGAUGGCCUCUGCAGCAUUCUGCUUCUGUCUGUGCCUCACAUUAUCAAGCAUUCCCUCCCCCCGGGGACCAAAUGGCACCAAAAUCCACCUUUUAUUUGCUCAGCUGUCCAUCUUUUCUCCUUUUAGAGCUAAUCUUAAACAGCAGGACUUCAAACUUGGAUGUCCCUAUGAGUGUGGCUCAGAGAAAUAAAGAAUAUUAUAGAUUAUUUGGCAAAUAAAGCACUUUGAGGCUUUUUGUAACCACCGUGCAUGGCCACAUCCUUCCCACUUCUGAUUUGUUUUAUACGUCAUGCUGGAGUUACGUACAUCUCUCUUUUUUAAAAGCUCUGCACAACAUUUCAUUCUGCAUGUAUGUGUGAUUGCUGGGUGUGUGUGUUCUGUGAGUGCACAGGAUGUUAAACAACACAUGCAUCAGGUGUAUAUUUAAUAUUCCAUUCUUACAGCAGUGAGUACACACUGUUUGUGGUACCUAUUUAAGCUGUACAUCCAGUGCUGUGCCUCAGUGAUAGUGAAUGUACAUCGUACCUUUUUAAAGAGAGAAGAGAUUCAGAGAGAAAGGCAAUCCUCAAAGCAGGGGUGCAAAAUUAUAAACGCUUGGCAAUAAUGAACUAACGUUGUAAAUUACAUGGAACGAUAAGAAUAGCUGUCUAUUUUUGUAUGCAUGCUGUCUACCUGAUUGUUUGUAAAGCAGUUUUGUAAAUCCAAGUGCAUUUGUUUCAGAGGAUACUGGUGUUAUCUCUCCCACACACCCGCCCACCUAAACACACACAUGCACACACUCAACCAGCUCAGUGUAUUUUCAGUAUUAUUAUUAUAAUUAUUGAAACUUGCCCAGAAAAUGUGAUUUUCUUUUUUGUUCAGUGUUUACCUUGAAAUGACGACUAGCUGUAUUUAUUAAAUGUUUAACAGACAAGCAUGCUUUGUAAGACUAAAACACGUUUGAAACUGACUCAUGUUGCACACCUGUGCCAUAUUGUAGCUACAUCAUUUUUUUGUAUUAAAUAAAGUAUGGUACAGGCAUAAAAAACA